UAUAAAAGAAGCGGGGCCUGUUGAACAGUAGACUCCGUCUGAAAUAAAUCCCUUCCUGGCCUUAAAAAAGAAAGUAUCCGAUUAAGAAUCCCACCUUCUGAUUUCCUUCUCCUGCAACGGCACCCAAAACCACUCCAAAGGUUACAACACGACUAACGGGUGCAACACAACUGCAUUGGCACCCAGGAAUUGCGAUUUGUGACCAGCUAAAAGGGUGCAAAGGCGAGGAAUAGCUGAAAUUUCGCUCAAGCCUGAAAAGAUUCGUCUUCGAUUCGGCGUGGUGAAACAUGUCCAGAGUCUUCUCCACCAGCCUCCGUUGCCGGUUGCCCAUCCUGCUCUUUGCCUUCCAAGCGGCCCUCCUCUUCAUCUUUCUGCUCUUUGCGACGUACGACCGACACACAGAUGCUGCCAGCCAGCCAGCCGAUGUUGACCCGGCUGUUAAUCAGCUCUACGUCUUCUUCUCCCUCUUCCAAGACAUCCAGUUGAUGUUGUUGGUCGGCCUCGGGUUGCUGCUGGCGUUCAUGAAAGGCUAUGGUGUCAGCGCUGUGGCGUACAACUUCCUCCUGUCCAACUUCUGCAUGCAGUGGGCGCUAAUCGUGCAAGGGUUUGUCUACCACUACCACGAGGGGAAGAUCCACCUAGGCCUCUACAACCUCCUGACUGCUGAGUUUGCCACCGUGACUGUCCUCAUCUCCGCAGGCGCCAUCUUGGGCCGAACGAGCCCCAUCCAACUUCUCCUCAUGGGCUUCUGUGAGGUGCCCCUCUACGUGGCUUCCGAGUGGCUCUUCUUAAGCUACUUCCGAGCGGUGGACAUUGGCGGGAGUGUAACCGUCCAUGUCUUCUCUUGCUAUUUUGGCCUGGGGGCCUCCAUAGCUUUGUACCGGUCGGGACUCCAGGCGAGACACCCCAAGGAAACUCCUUCUUACGUCUCUGAUCUUCUAUCCUUAGUGGGUGCUGUGUUCCUUUGGGUCUUCUGGCCCAGUUUCGUUUCUGUUCUCGUCCAUCCGGGCGACGCCCAACACAGGGCGGUGCUACACACCUGGAUGGCCCUCAGCGCUAGCGUCUUGACCACAUUUGCUAUCUCCAGCCUCUUGGAGAAGAAGGGCAAGGUCAGCAUGGGCCACCUACAGAAUGCCACCUUGGCUGGAGGCGUGGCCAUUGGCACAGUAGCCGACAUGGCCAUUCAUCCAGGCGGGGCAUUUCUCCUGGGGAUCAUGUCCUCCGUGGUCUGCAUCUUUGGCUUCAAAUAUGUGACUCCGUUCUUGGCCAGCAAGCUCCGUAUUCAAGACCAGUGUGGGAUCCAUAACCUCCACGGACUUCCAGGCAUCAUGGGAGCCGUCGCUGGGAUGGUGGCCAUUUUGGUAGUCCCAGACGAGGCCUACGGUCACCAGCUUUACCACGUCUUCCCCGCGAGGAGCCCAUUGUUACAAAAUGCCACCGUGGAGACCACCUUCAUUGGAGAAAGCUCAGGAAGGAGCGCUUCACAGCAGGUUCUUUUUCAAGCUGUAGGCCUGGGCGUCUCAGUCCUUGUGUCCCUCAUCGGAGGGUACCUCACGGGGCUGCUUUUAAAACUCCCCUUCUUGGCCCAGCCCCCUGACCCAUUCUGCUUUGAUGAUGAGCUUUAUUUUCAAAUCCAGAAGCCUCUGGAGACCUUGAGUAUCCAGCCGGUGGAGGACCACGCAGAUGGAGACCUUCAGAUGCCAUUGAAGAACAAAGUUUGAUUGCCUUUUAUUUAUCCCCUGUAAAGCGGUAAUAAAAUUCCUCCAUGGAGU